AUGGCCGAAUAUGCUGAAGAAUACUUGGAAAAGCUUCUUCCAGCUUUUGAAGUUGUAGCCAACUCAAAGUUAAUAUCGAAAGAGCACGUAAAAGAGUUUAUAAGUCGAUGCAGACGUUAUGAAUACCGUUUUCAAAAGAGGGUAAGUUGUUUUUGUUUCUUCUUUAUAUUGUUUUGUGUUUAGAUAAAACGCGAGAAUGAUUGGAAGGAUUAUAUCAAGUAUCUGAAGCAGUUUUUGGCUUAUUGGAAGCUAAAGUUGGAUGAAACACAGACAUUGGUGAAGAAGAAUGUGGUUUAUCUGCUGAUUCAGAAGAAAAUUGCUUGGUUGUAUAGAACAUGGAGUCAGAGGUCUAGUGUGAGUUAAAAUUGACAAGCUUUAUUUUUCUUAUAUUUAAGCUUUUACAUCAAUAUAUGCAACUUGAUAUACUAUUAUAUUAUCUUUCAGAAACUAGAACACUCGUUAGAAGGAGCCAGGUAUUGUGCAAAGUUUGAAGCGUUAUACAAAGAUGCCAGUAUUGCAUAUGGAAGGAUGUUACAGGUAAAAAUAGACUCUAAUUUGUUAAUAUUUAUAUUAUUCUUCAGAUUCACAACACUAAACCAGAAUUGUUCGCCGAAGCCGCGAAUUUUGAGUCCAAAAAGAAUAAGAAUACGCCCGGAGCAAGGACGUUGGUUCAAAUUGGUCUUAGAAAGUUCCCAGAAUCUGUAGAGUUGUACAAAGAGUUCUUUGCUGUCGAAUGCCGUUAUGCACAAUAGUAAGUCUUUAGAGUUAUAUUUGUUGGUUUUUAGGUGAAGAAAGAUGAUAAUGAAUGUGCAGUUAAUAAAACUAGUUAGAGAAGACUAUUUUUAAGAUAGUAGACAUAAGAUUCAGUCGUAUGUUGUUGUAGUUUGCCUAAAUUGAUCUAAAUAUUGUGCAUGAUCAGCUGAUAGGAUAAUGUCUAGAAAUUGAUGGUUUAUUUGAUGAAAAUAGCUUUUGAUAGCUGUACAUAGGUAAUAAAAGUUGAUAUAGCUAGUGUUUGUGUUGUUUAAAAGAAAAUUGUAAAGUAUUACAUUGAUUUUGCUUUAGAAUGUAGCUUUAUAUUGUACAUGGUCAACUGUUAGCUGAAUUUUUAAAAAUUGUUGUGUUUUGAGUAAAAACUAAUAUGAUUGAUUUAGAUUUUGAUUGUAUAGGUUACGUUAGGCAUUUUUCUUGCUUUUGGAUUUUAAUUUUUGAAUUAUUGAGUUUGAUUUUAUCAAUAUUCACAGUUAUAUUAACUAUGGUGAACCAAUGCUAUUGUUUUAAAGUUUCUUAUGGCUUAUUUUGAUUAUCUAGAACUAUUGUUAGCUUUAUAUUAAGUAAAUAGGGUUAUUUCAAAUUCAAAAAUAAUGAUUUUAGCAUAUCAGAUCGUCGAGACAUUUUGCUGGGUAAAGACGUAAAGCCAGAAGAUGUAGAACAUGAAGAUGAAGCUGAGUCAACAGAAAGUAAUAAGAAAGCAGGUGAAGCUGAAGAAAAAGAAACAGCAGAAAUUUUUGUUUCACGAAAUGACAGCGUUUUAAAUCUAGAAUUGGCCAAAAUCGUCCUGGAAGAAGGUGAUAAGAAGAUAAAAGAUGAGGAGAAGCUUGGUGAGUUUUGAUAUUGUUUUAGGCAAUUUAAAUCUUUUAUGGUUUAUUUUAUUAUAUCUUGGUUUGAGAACACGUAUUUUACUUUUGCAAAAAAAUUUAAAAAUUUUUAAUUAUAUUGUUAUAGGUUUUCACAUUGAAUGCUUCAAAACCGCGAGGAAAUUCCCAAUUGCAUCUGAAGUAUCACAAAAAUUGGAAGAAGUUGUCAGACAAGAAACAGAAGAGGCAGGCAAGGUAUUUGAUAUUAAUAAUCUCGAUCAAGAUGAUGAUGUUGAGGAUGAUGAUCUGUUCUUCGAAGACGCUGAACCAACUGAAGUUGUGGAAGAAGAUGGAGAAGAUAACAGUGAUAAGCAAGGAGAGAAAGUGGAUGUUGUGAAAGAAGUGUGGGAUCCAUUACCUGAUAUUGAUGAAGACAGGGUUAAAGAGGUGAGGGUGGAUGGCCUUGAUAGAUGGCAUGAUAUUAAACAAUUUUAUAAAAUAUCUAAGAGAUCCUUUUACUAUCAGGUUGUUUAAAUAAUUCUGUGCCUUCUAACCUUGAAGUUUUGUUUUGAUAAGAUAUAUGUCUUUAAUACUUCAAUAUCUGCCUCAAUUUAUUUACCUCUAUACCUUCUUCCAGAUGUUACAAAAAGCCGUGGUCGACGAAGACUACGACAAGAAGGCGAUUCAAGAGAUUCAGAAGAAGAGCAUACGUCAGCUGAAAAGAGAACGUAAAGUGGAGAAAGAAGCGACGAAAGGCAAAGGAUGGUUCGGAAUGCCGGCUACAGAACUCACGGAAGAACGGAAACGUGAUUUGGAGCUGCUACAGAUCAGAGGCUCAAUUGAUCCGACUGCACAUUAUCGAAGGAAUGAUUUGGCGGUUCUGCCAAAGUACUUCCAGGUAACGGUUUUGAUCGAUUUUUGGGUUUUUUAGGGAUUUUAAGGGGAAAGGUGGUUAAGAUCAAGGUGAAUGCGGUUUUGGUUUUAUUCAGGCAGGGUCGAUGAAGGGGGAGGGGGGAGAUGAUUAUCAAAAUUUUUUUUUAAAUUUCAAAAUUUAAUUAAAAAAUGUAAAAAAUCUUUAAAUUUAAAAAAAAAUUUUUUUUUCAAAUUUACCCCGCUCUGUAACGAAAAACUAAAAUUUUUUGGAAAAUCUGAGGUUUUUACUUUUUACUGUUAUAUCAGGCUGUUCAUAUAAUUCUGUGCCUCUGAACAAAGCAAAUUUUUGAUGGUAGUGCCUAUAGAUGGGCACAUGAUUAUUUGAACAAACUACUAUUAAAUUUACCUUCUCCUCUCCCUCCAACUCAAUUUUUUAUGUAAAAUCAUAUAAGAACAAGUAGUGGGGCACUUUUUAGUUGAAAAAUAAAUGCAAAGUGUCCCGCUACUUUUGGUCCAACCAAUAUGUAUUCAUAUAUGAUAAACCAUGAUUUCCAGACCGGCAGAGUGGUUGACAAUCAUGUUGACUUCUAUUCAAGUCGAAUGACUAAAAAAGAACGAAAACAAACUAUGGUUGAAGAGAUAAUGGACGACUACAAAGUGCUACAGAAGAACAAGAAACGCUACAGUGAUAUCAAGGCGGUGGAAGCUCAAACAAGGAAACGGAAGGGAAUACCAUACAAACGCUUCUCCAAACGCAAAAAGAAUGAUGAUUAA